CACCCUCAUACAUCGACGUACAUUACCGACAGUGAUUCGACGAUAAGCUUGAGGUAAAUGAACUUCGUUUUCACGAAAGUUCCAUCUUUUACAGAGUCACGAGCUCAGUCACUUUUCUCUGAUUUCUCAGAACUAAAAUUCAUCAACCCCGAAGGUUACGAUGCGAACAUUUUAGCUUGGGAGCAUCUCCUAUUACAGUGUCUUCGUGUGCAUACUUUCCAGUCUAGCAUCACUUUACCGGCAGGAAAACUCUCAGAAACACUAGCAAGCCCGCAAUAUGGACAGCCCAAAUCACUUGACUUGGUGGUGAGAACCCUCGUUGAAAACCGUGUACUCAUACCAUGGUCGGUUUAUAAAUCACGCCCCAUACUGCUUUCUCUGUAUGCUGACUUUUUGUCUCCUCGAAGAAUUUGGACAAAACUACUUUCAAAAUUUGACUUGUCAUUUCAUUCCCCAGAAACCGCAAUUCGUGGCUCACUGGAAUUGUACUUGCAUAUACCAACUCUCAUUAGCCGGUCCGUCGAGAUUCUCAAGGCUUUGGAAGAAUCAGUCAAGUCUCAGGGUUGCUAUCUGGCUCAUAUAUUGAACUAUGACAUGACCCGAAAGCUAAUCAAAGGUUUCGACAAAAAAUUGUCUGACGAAGAUGUCGAAGCGGUACUUCUCUAUCUCUCGCGUGAUCUACAUGGUUUGAGCAUGCAGAAGGUCCCAGGAUCCAAAAACACAUUUGCAAUAAAGAUUGGCAGUAUCAUUGACGUCACACCAGAAGAUCUUGAAAUCCUUGACCUCAAGAUAAAUAUGUUAGAAUUGGACACGCGAGCAGCGCUCUUGGAGAAAAUUAUUUACCAAGAUAUUCCACUGCGGCUUUCACAUCUAAUACGAGUAAAAGCACGCGAGAUGGUCUUGAAGAAUUUACUAAUAAAGAAGGCCCACGCCUUGCAGAACCUUGAGCUGGUUCUGGCAGCUUCGAAUGAACUUGCUGAACUUUUAAACAAAAUAGAUCAGGCGAAAGCAAAUAAGACUUUGUACGAGUCGUUACUGUCUGCCAACUCUGCUCUCUCUAGUAUUAAUAAGAAAAUAUCAAUAACCGAAAUUGAUCGUUUGACUGCAGAGUUAGAAGCCGAAGUGGCGCUCACGGACGAAAUUUCGGAUAGCUUGUGUUCAUCUCUCCAGCAAAAUGAAAAUGAAAUUGAUGAGGAGCUUGAUAGGAUGGAGAAGGAUUACAAAGACUCCAUUAACCGCAGAGAAGAAGAUCUUGGGACACACGUCAACCGUAUCCCCACAAUUCUGGGAAAUCACAUCAAUACAGAGAGCGAAGGGCUGAAAGAUCCUGACAUCGAUAAUUUCUUGAGUACAAAAGUAAAAAACCUCCUGCUAAAACCAGUUCUGCUGCAAUUGAACGAGAAUGCUGAAGACAACGUCCGGAGCGAGAAAACACCCGAGGUGAUUGCUGAGAACUAUGUUUAGGUGCAACAUAAAAGGAGGAGUUUAUAAAACCUUUGCGGAUUAAUUCUUUUACAUAACUAUACGAAUCAUGUGGUUAUUAUUCACUUAAAUUAUUACUACUUGUGAAAUCUUGAUUUUGUUACCCCAAAAUUUGUAAGAUUUGUUGUGUCAAGUUAAACAACUCAAUCAUGGGGUCAUCAUACUCGCCCAGCUCAGCGGUGUUUUUGACAUUCAUGCUUUGUUGGUUUUCACUUAAGUUCUUGAUUCCAGACAAAAUUGACUCGUUUUCUUUUAUCAAGGCCUGAAUCUCGUUGUUG